UUCAGUUCAAAACCCCUCCCCUCUCGCUCCACUUUCUCUCUCUAGAAAAGAGCUUUUUGGCUUUUGAACGAUCUUUGAUUGGAUGAACGGUAAAUAUUCAGUAAUGCAAUGAUGCAUACAUACACUGCAGUGUAGAGCUUGCGUAUGAUUAUCGAGAUUGUGUGUAACUGAAUCAGAAGAAAUGCCGAUCAAUAGAUAUCAGAUACGAAAUGUAUAUAGUUUAGCCGAUCCAGAACUGUACAAAGCAUCUGAUAAAGAUGAUCCUGAAGCUUUGCUUGAAGGUGUCGCCAUGGCCGGUCUCGUUGGUGUUCUCCGUCAGCUCGGUGACCUAGCAGAGUUUGCUGCUGAGAUUUUCCAUGACUUGCAUGAAGAAGUGAUGGCAACUGCUGCUCGUGGCCAUGGUCUACUGGUACGUGUUCAGCAGCUUGAAUCCGCAAUUCCUCCAAUUGAAAGGGCAUUUCUGUCCCAAACAUCCCAUUCAGCAUUUUUCCUCAAUUCAGGUGCUCAUUGGCAUCCUAAUCAACGAACAACACAGAAUCUUAUCACUACGGGAGAUUUACCUCGAUUUGUCAUGGACUCUUAUGAAGAAUGCCGUGGUCCACCUCGAUUAUUUCUUCUAGACAAGUUUGAUGUUGGUGGUGCUGGUGCAUGCUUAAAACGCUACACUGAUCCUUCAAUUUUUAAAGUGGAAGCAUCAUCAUAUGAAGUUGAAAUUGCUGAAACCCAGAGGGAGAAAAAGAUCCGCCAGACGAAGAAAAAAGGAUCAAGAUGGAAAGGUGGAGAGACUCCUGAGGUUUCACAGUCUUCACAUGCCAAGCUCCAUCAGUUAUUCCUGGAGGAACGAGUUCAGACUGGUGCAACUGAAGCUGCACGCCGUGUGAAACUGAAGAAAAGGCCAAACAAAUUUCCUCUCGACUCAGAAAGCGGAGAAAGUUACAUGAACAAGUUGUUAGAUUCUGCAUCACGUGCCCAUGAAGUUGCUGCUGCUCCCUCUAAUGGAUCAAGGCUUGGCGAUGGUAACGUAAUGGAGUCAGCUUUGGGCUCACCAAUGAAAAACACAAGGUCAUGUGUAUCUUCGAGGAAAAUAGCUGAAAGUCAGCCUUCAAAUAAUGAUGAUCUUGAGGUAGAUAAUAAUCAAACAACAGUUGAUAAUGAAAUACGCACAGAUGGUCUUCAAAAUGCCUAUCCAUCUGAGGAUUUUGCAAGUGAGACCGACAACUACAUGGAUGCUCUUGCUACAAUGGAGUCAGAGGUUGAAACAAGCAUAACUAUGAGAACAUAUUCUGAUGCCAACAAACAUCAACUCCGAUCUCAAUUAUCAGAUUCUCUAUCAGUAGAGAAUUCAACUGUAUCCAAUGAUGGGAAUAAUUCAAUCACCAAGGGAAUAUCUGUUUCUGGGAAUUCUGAUACUAUGAGCACUUCAACUGAAAAUGCAUCACCAGUUGGUGCUGAUUCACCUUCUCAACCCUUUGCAUGCGUUGAGAUUCCCUUUCGUCCACGAACUACACCCAUUACUGAUAACAUUCCUGUGACCGAAAAUCCAGGCCAUGAUAUCACAAAUGAUACUUAUAUUGAUGUGAGCAAGGUGUCAAUUGUGGAUCAAGUAGCAAGUUUCGAAGAAGGUACAUUAGAUACAAAUGAAGCGUGCUCAGACCAUACUGAAAAGCUUGAUACUUCAAGAAAAAGUGAUGACCAUCAAAUCUAUACGAAAGAUACUGCUAAGUGUAUAUCUGAACACUCAGACGUUCUUCCAGUGGCUGAUGGUCUAUCUUCUUUUUCUUUUGUCAAAAAUCUUAAGGGGGAUUUAGACGAUAAGCAUCCUAAUGACAGCUCUAUCCCUAUGAGUCUUCUUCCAAACAUCUUGGAGACAACCAAGAAUCAAACCAGAUAUGAUUUGGAGAAUCGGAGUACAGAUUCAGUUGUUAGUUCGUCACAAUCAGUUAUCUCUCGUGUAGAUGAGCUGUCCAGUGACACUACUUUCAAUGAUAAUAAUUCUGUAACUGAAGAACAGUUAAAAGAUAAAGGAGAAGGCGUGUUGGUUAUAUCUGAUCAAGCAGAAGCUAGAGUCUCAUAUUCUAGUGGGCAUGAGACAGAAUCACAUAACUCAGAAAUUGAAUCUGUAACUGUUGCUGCUGCUAAUAAAAAUGAAUGUGUUGAUGAUUCUGUUCUCAAAGAUGGAACCGGAAUAGAAUCCAAGGAGAGUGAAAUAGAAUUAGCAUAUUCUGAUGAUAAGGGUCUUGGAGAUGAUACUAAAUUGGAGCGAAUAGAAGCAGAUUCUGUUAACUCUGAUAUGGAAACACAUUGUGCUGUUGUUCUCCAUGUUGAUGUUGAUAGGCAUGAUGAUAAUGAUCAUGCUGUUUCUGAACAAGAUUCUAAGGAAUCUGGUGAAAAGGAGGAAGUUGAUAUCCCGUUGUUAAAUUCAAAAGUCGUGCAGAAUCAUAAUCAUUCUUUUCUUGCAGAAAUGGAUCAAAAUCAAGAAAUUGUUUUACCUGAACCUUGUGUUUCAAAUGCACAAUUAAUUGAUAGUGCUCAUGAAGCAACUGCAUUCACAGAAUCCGAUGAUGACUUGGAAUCUAAAACUCCAAAUCACAUUGAUAUACUAGAAGAUAAGGUUGACCGAUCCAGCAGUCAACUUCAUAUGCAAUUACCUCUUGGAACCGAGGGCUCUCAGUUGGAUUCUCUGACCCAAGUAGAUCAUGAAACACACAUUGAAACUCAUUUACAAGACUCGCCAUCCUUUUCUGAAUCAGUACUGGUUUCUGAACAACGACCUACAAUGGAGUUAAGCAGUCAUGACAUAAUCUCUGACCAAGAUGACAUCGUUGCGCCAUGUGAUCACGAAUCAAAUGUGUUCACCGAAGCUGACCAUGACUUAGAAUCUAAAUCUUUCAACCAUGGUGAUCACGUUGAUGUUUCUGAAGCCUCUGCACAAUCAUCUCUUGUGGAAGAUAAGGUUGACCAACUUCAUGUACCUGUAUCUGAAAAAUCAUCUACAAUGGAGUUAAGCACUCAUGACAUCAACCUCUUUGACCAAGUCAAACACCAAUCAUCUCCAGUGUCUUCUGGUUUUGACAUACUUCCCCAGUUACCGCCAGUCAAAGUGGAAGAUCCGCCACCAUUGCCGCCUCUUCCGCCUAUGCAAUGGAGGAUGAGAAAGCUUCAGGAUUCUUUGUCAACUCCAACAAAUGGUGGUCAACAUAGUGGCAAUCACUUCCCUCCAUUUUUCUCAUCCACAUCCGUUCAAAGCCCCGAGGUGGUUGGUCAGUCAACAAUAGACGAGCCUAUAAAUGUGGAUACUGAGAAUAAUAAAAACUCACACACACAGCACAAUGAAGUAAAAUCUGCUGAAAACUUGGUGCCACAAGCAGCAGCAGUUGAUCCACAUCAAAUGCCAACAGUUUCUUACCAAGAAGUUUUCUGGCCAUCUUCAAGCCCGUAUCCGCUUCCUCCCAUUCUUGAUGAAAUGCAAAUAAAUAUUCGACCUAUGAAAAUACAGCGACCUCGCAGUCCUCUAAUUGAUGCAGUUGCUGCUCAUGACAAAACCAAAUUGAGGAAGGUCUCAGAUCGAGACACAAUUCACAUACCAAAGGGAGACGAAAAAGAUACUUUACUGGAUCAGAUACGGGCAAAGUCCGUCAACUUGAAACCAGCCGUCCAGACUAGGCCAAGCAUUCAGGGUCCUACUACCAAUUUGAGAGUAGCUGCUAUUCUAGAGAAAGCAAAUGCCAUUCGCCAGGCGUUCGCUGGAAGUGACGAUGAUGACAGUGACAAUUGGAGUGACUCAUGAAAUGAUACCUCAAACGCCGACACCAUUUGUAGUUAAUCCACCAAUUUUUUACCAGGUUACCACAAUAUCGAAUUUUGUUGAUGAGAGUUUGUGGUAAGCUGGAUCUUUACUGCUUGUCUACAACAGUUUUUACUGUAAUAUAUUUUCUACUCGAUACAACUCUCCAAUCAUAUACAAGUAAAAUAGGUAAAGCGUGCGAGUCUAGUGUGUAGCAAAAAAAGUUGAUUCUUUUAGCUGUAUAUGGGAAUGGGUAAAUUCGUUACACAAUGAUGAACAGUUUGUGGAUAUAAACUCCCUGUUAUGCGUGGGUACUACA